AUGCGUGCCUCUUUACUACAGUACAACCGCCUGCCCUUCAAGCUUCAAGGGACAUCGACUUUUCCCAAACUGACCUCCUCCUCCUCUGCUCUCUCCUUCUCUACUCUCGUCGCCCCAUCCCCAAGCCGAUAUGCCAGCACAAAGGCGACCACAGCAAUUAGCACCAACAAGCCUCCCAUCCUAUACACAACCCUAGACCCAUACCUCUGCAUGACCCAUCCGCCCACGCCGGUGCCAACCGUGUACGCCAUAGUCCUGAGCCCCGCUGCGACGGCCUGCCCCGUUGCAGCGAGCUCCUUCGGCGUGCGCUCGGCCACAAAUGCGACGGUGGCCGUCUCGAUGGCGGCAAAAGUGACGCCAUGCAGCGGCUCGAACAGCAGGACGACCCACCCGUUGGGCGCGAUCGUGUACCCAAAGCCGCGCACCACGUACGCCAGACAGCCGAUGACCGCCAGCGCCGGCGCGCCGACGUGGUGCAGCAGCUUAGGUGCCAUCGCGAACAGAGGGAUCUCGAACACCACCGUGACGACCACACUCAGUCCGCACACAAAAUUGGUUGCGUGCAGGUCGUACUUAAAAAAGAGAAAGAGGAGAUUUUCCACAAGGCUCAUGCCAAACGACAGCCAGAAGAACAUGUUGAAGUACAAGACGGUCGGCAGGCCGCCCGCCGUGAGGAUGCGAUUGAUGGCAGGUAGCGCCGCCAUGGAUAUGGGUGUAUCGUUGUCCUCUUUCUGCAACCCUUCUUCCGUCGCGUGGUCAUUCUCACUUUGCAACUCCUCUUCCGUCGCGGGGUCAUCAUGCUCACUUUGCAACCCCUCUUGCACCAGAGUCUCCUCCAUCUCUGGUGCAAGCAGCAUGUGGCGAUCGUGGGGAACCUCCUCCUUCCUCAUCUUGCAUCUCUCGAACACCAGCAGCGCGACGACAUGA